AUGUGGUUUGAGGAGGACGUUGCGAUCGCUGCUGCUGCUGCUUGCGUAAUUUUAAGUUUAAAAUCAAAAAAACCAAAAAAAAGAUUUUGGGUUCGUCCAAGUCUUUUAACAAGGAAACAAUAUAGUGGUAGUGAUUUAAUGGUUGACCUUCAACGUGAUGACAUUAAUCUAUCUGGAGAUUUCAAAAAUGUCCUACGUAUGUCAAGUGCAGAUUUUGAGUUUUUGAUCAAUCUUGUCGGUCACCGAAUCGGUAAAAAAAACACAAAUUAUAGAGACGCUAUACCAGUGAACGAAAGAUUAGCAGUAGCACUGAGUUUCUUAGCCACCGGUGAUUCUUAUCACAGUUUGAUGUAUACUUUUAAAAUGUCUAAACAAAGCAUCUCUCUUAUUGUUCCCGAAGUUUGUGCAGCAUUGAUUGACGCUUUGAAGAAUUAUUUAAAGGUAAAAGCAUAA